CACAAAUCCAAAACCCUAGUCUUCAGCAGCUGCACCAGCUCUUCCAACUGAGCUUGUAAGAAGGGUAGCUGAGCGUUUGCAAUGGCUCCCGCUAAGGCUGAUAAUACCAAAAAGGCUGAUCCCAAAGCUCAGGCUUUGAAGGCAGCCAAGGCUGUUAAAUCAGGUGGCAAAGUCUUUAAAAAGAAAGCUAAUAAGAUCAGGACCAAAGUCACAUUUCACCGACCAAAGACACUCAAGAAGGACAGGAACCCUAAGUAUCCUCGCAUCAGUGCACCACCAAGAAACAAGUUGGACCAUUAUCAGAUUCUUAAGUUUCCUCUUACCACAGAGUCUGCAAUGAAGAAGAUUGAGGAUAACAACACACUGGUUUUCAUUGUUGACCUCCGUGCUGACAAAAAGAAGAUUAAAGAUGCCGUCAAGAAAAUGUAUGAUAUUCAAGCCAAGAAAGUUAAUACCUUGAUCAGGCCGGAUGGAACGAAGAAAGCCUAUGUGAGGUUGACUCCGGAUUACGACGCUUUGGAUGUAGCCAACAAAAUUGGCAUAAUCUAAGUUGUGCUGCUUUAUUUGAGAAAAGUCCAUCAAUGGUUGCUUAGAUAGUUGUUCUUGUUAUACAGGCCCCUUUUGCUAGGACUCUUUGUUAUCCAUAUGUAUCAACUAAUGAAUUGUCUAUUCAAUUUUGGGAGUUAUUUUAUGAACUCAA